AUGGCAGCAGUGGUGGUCAGCAGUGAAGCAACAGUCGGGACUGAAGCCUUGCGAGUCAUUGCGAAGCCUAGUGCCCAAUGGACAUCAUCAGCAGCAGUCGGUGGAAAAGGCAGCUGGCAAGCAAGGGCGGGUCUUAACCCAGUGCAGCCUCAGUCAUUUCCCAAACAGAGAAGCCUGGAUCGGUUUUCGCUCAAGAUGCGCAUGAUUUGGAUGCUCCUUUAUCUGAUUCCUGGUGUUUUGACACGAGCCGCUCACGGGCUGCUGCUGGGGGCGGAUUUAAACCGGUGUUCACCAAGCCUAAUUGGGAAUCAAUGGCAGGAGCCACCAUCGCUGGGUUGCAAAUUUUGCCGCUGUUUACAGUUGGGCAAAGAUCUCUUCCAAGAAUGUGAAACACCAAUGAGGCCUUCAGCUUGGCCGAUUGGAUGUGAAAGGGUUCGUGUUGACUGUAACUACACAAUAGUAAGAACAAAUAGACCUGACAUUCAUUGUCCAGGAUGGUCGUACACCAGCUACAAAUACCUCAUCCGAGUGACUGGAUUUAUUUGGGAUGCAGAAACUGGAGUGAUUGGCACACCGGAAUUUAAACAAAGUGAUUUAGCACAGCACUCGGCUCCCUCAAACAUCAAACAGGAAGAGAUCCUAAACACAGGAAGCCCAGCUCAGCUGAGCAGCAUUAAGAAACAAAAAAGACGACUGAAAGCCAAAUUAAAUACUAAAAUAAAGAGGAAGCAAUCGUAG